AGUAGCGUGUGAACGGGACUUUUAUUUUGGUCUGGGUAUGUGACGUCGUAAAGCUGCGCCGCGUUCCUGCUUCCUGUGGUGAUUCGCCUGAAGAACAGAGUGUUCAAAUACAGGAAAAAUUCCUGGCUAAGCGACUGAGAUCCACAUGACAACACUAUUAUAAAGAUGGCAUUUAUUAAAGAGGAGUUUGAAGACAUAAAGAUGACGUUUAUUAAAGAGGAGAGUGAAGACUUAAAGAUUGAAGAAACAUUCAAAGUGAAACAAGAAGAUACUGAGGAACAAACAGACCUGAUGAAGCUGAAAAAGGAGAGUGAAGUACUGAAUGAAAUGGAAGAGAUUGAUCAAUAUAAGAAUCAUCAUGAUUUCAUAACCGAGGAAGAAACUUUUAUUUGCUCCCAGAUUGAAAAGACUUCAUCACAAAAAAGUGCUCAAAAGAUGGGAAGUAGAAGUUAUUUCACCUGCCAACAGUGUGGAAAAUGUUUCUCUCAUAAAGUAAGCCUUAACAGACACAUGAGAGUUCACACUGGAGAGAAGCCUUACACCUGCCCACAGAGUGAAACGAGUUUCGAUCAACAUGAAAAGCUUAAAGUCCACAUGAAAAUUCACACAGAGAAGCGUCGUACCUGCCAACAGUGUGGAAAAACUUUUGCUCAAAGAGUAAGCCUUAACAGACACAUGAGAGUUCACACUGGAGAGAGGCCUUACACCUGCCAACAGUGUGGAAAGAGUUUCACUCAAAUUGGAAACCUUAGAGUCCAUCUUAAAGUUCACACUGGAGAGAAACCUUACAGCUGCCAACAGUGUGGAAAAAGUUUCAACCGAAAAGGAAACCUUAAUGACCAUCUGAGAAUUCACUCUGAAGAAAGCCUUUUCAGCUGCCAAGAAUGUGGAAUAAGUUUCACUCAAAAAGAAAGCUUUAACAGACACAUUAGAAUCCACACUAGAGAGAAGCCUUACACCUGCAAACAGUGUGGAAAGAGUUUUGAUCAACAUGAAAACUUUAAAAUCCACAUGAGAAUUCACACUAAAAAGAAACCAUACACAUGUACUCAGUGUGGAAAGAGUUUCACUCAAAAAGGACACUUAAAAUACCACAUGAGAAUUCACACUGGGGAGCAACCCUACACAUGUCCUCAGUGUGGAAAGGGUUUCAAUCAAAAACGACACUUUGUGGACCACAUAAGAGUUCACACUGGAGAGAAGCCUUUCACCUGCCAACAAUGUGGGAAAAGUUUCAACCGAAAAGGAAUCCUUAACAGACACAUGAGAGUUCACACUAGAGAGAAGCCAUUUACAUGUGGUCACUGUGGGAAAAGUUUUGGGUAUAAAAUAACCCUUAAGUACCACAUGAGUAUUCACGUAUGAGAGAACAGUUUGUAUAUUCCAUCAGUGUGGAAUGAGUUUUACUGUUCUGCAACUAAAUUAAUUGGGCCCAAUUAUAAUUCACCCAAAAAUCUUUACUCACCCUUGUGUUGCUCCAAACCUGUACAAGUUUCUUCUGUUGAACACAAAAGCAACUGUUUGGUUAUCAACAUUCUUUAAAUAUUCUAAAAUAUCUUCUGUGUUCAACAGAAGAAAGAAAACCUUACAGGUUUGGAACAGCUUGAGGGCAAGUGAUUUUUGGGUGAAUAUCCCUUUAAAAGGAGAAGAGUAAAGAUGCCAGAAUCAAGAAUUAUGUUCACUUCAUAUUAUUGAUUAGUCUAAUGAACAAUUAACUAGUUUCUCAAAAGAGGUCUAAAUCUGUAUCAAAUAAAACACAAAAGAUGCAUAGUGCAAAAUAAACAAUACAACAGAAA